GUCAAGUUGUUAUUGUUCGAAUUUUAUUUCCUUUUUUGUGAAGUGUAAAAAUGCUCUUUAUUCACUGGAUGGGAUGGGAUGAUUCAAUUUUCCGUAAAAGAUAAAUGCAGCUUUGGCAAAUAGAAGAGUUGCUUGCAGACUUGAAAACGUUUGAAAACCCCAACAUUUUUUGGGAACAAUAUACGACACCGCCUCAUAUAGCUGCGUUUUUGGUCCAGAUAGCAGAAAACUCUUUUGGAGACUUGAAAGGAAAACUGGUGGCAGAUCUUGGCUGUGGUACUGGUAUGCUUUGUGCAGCUAUGCAUUAUUUCGGGGCCAAUAGCAUUGUCGGAAUUGACGUGGACGAAUCGGCUCUUGCAAUUGCCAAAGUAAACACCAUUCAGUGUGGCCUUCCAGUGGAGUUAUUGCAAUCCAAUAUAACUGAACUUCCUUUCAAUUCAGCUGUCUUCGAUACCGUUGUUAUGAAUCCUCCUUUUGGUACUAGAAGAAAAGGAAUCGACGUAGUGUUUCUUGAGAAAGCCAUCGAAAUUGUAUAUCCUGGAGGAUCGAUAUACUCUCUUCAUAAGACUUGUACUCGCAGUUACUUGUACAGAAAGAUUCUCCAGCGAAAAUGUGAAGGAGAGGUAUUGGGGAAGUUUAUAUUUAAUCUAUCCAAAACCUUUGCUUUUCAUAGAAUGGAAUCUAUGGAUAUCGAAGUAGAUUUGUGGAGACUGAAAAGGAAGAAAUAAUUGGUUUUCAUUUGUAAGCUGAUAGUUGCUAAACUUGUCAAUAUGCAGUCAAUUCUCUUGUACAAACCGUUGUACUGAAUAUUCUCCUAUUGAAUUUCUUCAACUAUCUUGCAAACAUGUUUUUGUUGUUCUUUAGUUGAAAUGUUCUUUAAACAUUCCUCUAAUAUCGAGAAUGAAAUAAUAUCUUUUGACACAACUUGUAAAGAAUUGUUGUAGAAGAGUCAAUAGUUAUACAAUCUUUAAUCAAA